AUGCGGUCUUCAAUAUUGGUUCCGAGCCUCUUCCUCAUCACAUCCUUCACACAAUCCGCGAGUGCAUUGAAAGCUCUACCGGGUUCACCAUGUGCAUCGAAAUGCGGCAAUGUUUUAGGAGGAACCUCAGGAGAGAAUGAUAUCGUGUGUCAGAAUACGGACUAUACAAGUUUGAUUGGAACAACAUACUCUGGUUGCGUGGGAUGUCAAUUGACGAGUACUUUUGUUGAUCCUUCAACGAAUGAGACGGAUUUGGAAUGGGGUUUAUAUAAUUUGAGAUAUGCAAUGAGUUGGUGUCUCUUCGGCUUCCCAAAUAAUACAGAUGUGGAAGACACGCCAUGUAUAACGUCUCUAUCGUGUGCUCCAAUGAAGGAUGCCAUCGAAUACGGAAAUUUAACGACAGAUGCCCAAACUGAAUAUGGCUAUUGUUCAGACAUCGCUACGAAUCAAAUCGCCGAAUGUCAGAACUGUCUCGAGAUCUUGACAGCGACAUAUUAUCUGAACAAUUUUUACACUCUCCUCUAUGGAGCCUGUGAUCAACAACCCGCACCAGGCUCAACAUUAUCCUUCCAAGGUUCGCCCUUUUCCACAACUCAACUAAAUAUGACAUCUCCCACUCCCACCGCCGUACCCGGUCAAACCUAUUCCGGCCUCUCUCUCAAUGCACGAAUCGGAGUCGCAGUAGGAAUAAUUGUCUUCGCCCUCUUCAUCACCGGGUUCUGCAUCGUAUUCAAUGGCCGCCGUCGCCGUCGCCGCAUUCUUCGUCAACAUCAACUCGAUACCGGCUAUGCGGCUUGGAAAAACGCACACGACGUCGAUGGAAUCGGCGGCCAUAUUCCUGUAAAUGAAGUAGAUAGUGCAGUCUCUAAUAUGACAUCCGGAUCAGGUGGAUUCUUUGAUAGUCCUAAUUCCCAAAAACCUCUACAGCCGAAUUAUUGGGGCCAACAACAACCUCAUGGGGGAAAUUUCAAUGGGCCUGCUGUCAUGACGCCGAUUGAAGACAGUCCCAUAACUCCCAUGGCUGAGAAGGUGUACCUGUCUCCUUAUUCCUCACCAUAUAGUAGUCCGGCCACAGCAUCUACAGACGCAAAUAUGAGGAGCCCUAAUAUUGAUCAGUGGCCUAUGGAUCGAAAGGGAAGUUUCGGCCAGAGCAGUUUCGGUCAAGGAGGAGGCAGUAUGGCCGAAAGACUUAAGGCUCGAGAGAGGGAAAGAGCAAGGAGGAAGAAAGAAGAGGAAGUGAUGAAUGAGCGCAAUCACAUCGAGUUGCAGAAUAUGCAACAUUUCCAGAACCAAAACAUGGCUCCAGUUUUGGGGCAUCCGGGAUAUGGAAGGGAUCGAGAUGGGGUAAGAGGAUUAAAUAGUGAGGAUGCGAGGAGAGGUGAUGCGCUUUAA